CACCAAACUAUAUUAUGCAAAUGAAGUUAAAUGAUGUCAGAGACCAAUAAGGCAUAUAACUUUAUGUCAUAUAUUUGUAUUUUCAAACAGAAGCUAAGACAGAUGGAGACAGUUGAAGAUUGUGAGCCAUGCUGUUUUUAUUGCACUUCCUUGUUGAUGGAGCCCUACAUUCAGUGUGCUGCCUGUGAUAAGUCAGAGAGUCGUGGUACAGUUACACUAUGCCUUCAUUGUUUUGCAAAGGGAGUGGAGUUUGAUGACCACCAAAGUGACCAUCCAUAUACAGUAGUGAAGAACAAUUUUCCCUUGUUUGAAAGAAAUUGGACAGCACUAGAAGAAAUGCACCUGUUAAGAGCUGUAUGUGAUUGUGGAUAUGGCAACUGGGUGGAUGUAGCACACAAAGUGAGAACUAAAACAUACCUGGAAUGUGAAAGACAUUACAAUCAAUGUUAUAUAGAUAAUGUGCAAGAUGGGCUACCAGAAUUUCCAGGAAAUGAGUUGUCAUUUUUCCCUAGGCCGGUUGUGUUUAAAUUGGCAGAGGACCCACCACGACCAGCUGAAGGUUCUCAGGUUACCACAGAAAUGUCUGGUUAUAUGGCUGGAAGAGGGGAUUUCAUGGUGGAAUAUGAAAACUAUUUCGAACAUGACCUUCGUAAUCUACGAUUUGAUUUUGAAGAGGAUGACCAAGCUGAAACUGAUCUUAAAUUUGCAGUUGUUGAUGUGUACAUGAGAUGUUUGAAAGAGAGAAAAAGAAGAAAAAGAAUUAUCAGGAAGUACGGCUUGAUAAACUUAAGAAAGAAUAUGAGAUCUGUGUAUAGAAAUGAUGUAACAUGUGGCCAGUAUAUGGAAGGAUUGCGAGUGUUUGCUCGACUCGUAUCACCAGAUAACUAUGAAAUGUUUCUUGAAGCCUUGAAUUACGAGCAGGAAUUGAAGAAUGAGAUAAGACAUUUGAAGGAGUACAGAAGUAACGGUCUCACUAAGUUGCAACAUAUAAAGAUGUUCCGUCUGUUAAAGAAAAAGCGCGAAAAGGAAAGAGGUGAUCGACAUUUGCUCAGUGAUGUGGUCUCACACAUAAGGGAUGAGUCUGCUUGUCAGUCCUGGCUACAGAGACAAGCUGCCUUAGAAAGUCUUGGUAAAUCUUCACAUCUGCCAAGUGCACCAAGGAGAACAGCACCUCCCCUGGAUGUAACAGGUCUCCCAAGCUAUGAUAGGCUUAGUGUUAAAGAAAGGGAGUUGUGCUCACAUUUACGUCUUAUACCAAGUGCUUACCUGGAUUUUAAAGUUGCGCUGAUUAACGAGAGUGAUAAACAUGGAGGACUUCGGCUGGCGCAGGCUCGUCAACUGAUCAAGAUUGAUGUGAAUAAAACGCGUAAAAUAUUUGACUUAUUGCUACAAGAGGGAGCUAUAAAAUAAGAUCAUAUGCAAAUUGUGAUGUUUUCUGUCUAUUCUAAAAUAUGUCUCACACUUUCUCUGGAAAAUAUUAAUGUUUCAAACAACACGAUGCAUGAAAUGACAUGUAUUUUGUCUCUAGAUGGAAAGUUAUAUUGCAUGUUUAGUAUAUUUCAAACUGUCAAAGAUGUUGGAGUUUUAGUUAAGCAAAUAACAAUUUGUUCAUUGUUACAUUUACAAAUAUAUUGAAAUAUAGUACGUCAUAUAUGGAUAUCUUGAACAAAUACGUAACAGAAAUGUUUAUGAGGAGAAAAUGUUUGAUAGUGUUAUGUAUUUUAAGUCCUAUGAAGCUAUUUUCUGUACAAAAUAUAUUGUAUGGUGUAUGACCAUAGUUUUAUGUACUGUUCAUUUUUGUUAGAGUAUGGUAUUGCAUAUACCACCAUAUUUAAUUUUAAUAACAGUUUUCUUGGAAGAAAUAAAGUUUACUUUAAAUUUUCUAA